UUCAAACUGAAUAAUUUCUGAGCUUUCAGUGCUGGCAGUUGUUAUUAAUGUAAUAUAGUAAGUUUUGGAGGUUUUUCGGUCUUCGCUGGAGUUUGCUGGUAGUGUUUAGAUUUCUGUUACCAUUCUAGGAGUGUUUUAAAUGAUGUGAGAUAAAGAAUUGCUAUCGAUUUGUUUUUAAAGUUACAUAAUUUAAGUGUAUUUGGAUUAACUCUAUGUUAUCAAAUUUAGUGUGGAUUUAUUCCCAGUGAUUUUGGCAAGUUACUUUUCAAGUGUCAUAUCUUAAUACAUUAGUGAUUUUAAAAAAUCCAAAGUAGCAAAACAGAGGUUCUGGUUUUGUAAUUGGAAGGUAAUUUUUCUUACUUUUACACAUGUCAAGUUUAUUAGCAAUAGAAUUAUUUUUGUUAUAGCUUGUUUUGUAAAGUUGGUACUUAGUUUGGUAUUCUUAGUAUGAUUUUCACAUCUUACUGUGUGUCAGAUUUUACAUUGCAAUAUAGUUACAUACUAUAACUUGUUUGAAUCAUUGCAGAACCUUCUUAAAUAGCUCCUCCUGUAGGAAUUGUUUUAAAAGAGGUGGAUUCCCAAACCUGUGUCAAGCACCAGUGUUUUAAAUGGCUGUGAGUCAAGUCUUUGAAGAGCUUUCUUGAGUCUCGUCAGUGACAUAAAUGAUAGCCCAUAUCCAUGCUGCAUACAAUUGUUAGGAUUUAUAAAGUUGUCAAUAUUCAGAAGUGCAAAAGCAGGAGAGACUGUAAAGUUGCCUAUAAAAUGUCUAAUUUUCAUUAUUUGCACUAUUUAUCUUUGCACUUGAUUGUUUUGAAAGUUAAGACUAGUCACUUUCACUUUUGUUUCUAGUCUUUUCUAAUUCCUUGCAAAAUUAUGUUUUCAAUAUUCCACCCAAAGCAAAACUUAAUAUGCAAUUAACUAUGCUUUAUAAGGCCAAGAAAAUAUUUCUUAGUGUUAGAUAUAUAAAACAAAAAGUUUUUUUGAUAAAAUUUUUAAUAUGGGCCUUAAUGUGCCGAUAAAAUCCUUUGUAAAUGUGAGCUUUAUUAAUUCUUUAAAUAAAGUAAAAGCUUAAGAUAGAAGAGAGAUAUAUAUAAUAUAAAUAAAUAUAUAUAUAUCUAUGUAUAUAAAUGAUGCCUGAGUCUUUGAGAACUAUCUUCCAGCCUGAGAUGGCCUGGGUUUGGAAUGCUGGUCAAUUUUCAUGGAAGUCAGUGAGGACUAGGUCCCACUGGGUACAUCAUUUAGAAGCUGGAAGUGAAAUGGUGGCAGGUGGCAGCUCCCUCUUUCUUACAGUUUUCCAUAAUGCUCAUAUAGUUUCCUCAUGGUCUGUAUAAAAUAGCUAGUAUUAAAGUAAUCACAUUAAAUGAAUAUUCCUUUUGGGGAAUUCAGGGUUAACAGUCAACACUUGUUGAGGGAGAACAGCAAGGGGCGAGAGCUGAUUUAUUCAGAGGCAGUCUCAUAAUCUCAAAGUUGUGCUGUAGAAAGAAAAGAACAAGAAGUAUACUUGCAAACCUAUUUUUUGUCUUAAUUGUGCAGCAGUGUUUAGAACUGCAAAAAAGAAAAAGAAAUUGACAGUUUGGUUAAUAGAACCAAGAGAUGUUUUGGGUUAAAAUUAUUUUGUAAGUUACUAACUCAUUUUGUAUUCCCUUUCCCAUAGUUUUUUAUGCACCUCGUACUUAAACCCAACAAGUAAGAGGCCUCUUUUCAGAUCUGGUUUAUUUUUGGAAUGCCUGAGUGUGGUUCUGGAUGGCGGGGCGGGGGGUGUAUUUUAAAUCUUGACCUGGUCUUCUGAAUGUUUUGCUGUUCAUUCUGGGUCUUGUGUUUGCAAAUUCUGUUGAAAAUGUGGCAUGUGUUUGAAAGGAGAAUGUUACUUAUGGCAUACUAUGAAUGUUUGUGGCUGGAUUCUAUUGUGGAACUGUGGGUUUGUCAUUAAUUUGGGUAGAAAGCUUAACUUGUGCAGAUUUUAGGUUUAUCUACUGGAAUUGUGCCAGGUAGUUGUCUGAAUAUGGACCAAUUUUGGGAGAUGAAGGUCAACAAAUGUGUAUUUGACUUGGGGUAAUCCAUUAUUCAAAAUGAGAAGGUAAAGGCUUAUAUCUUUAAUUAACUAAGUUUUGUAUUGUUAGGUCUUUCUGACUAUAGAUGAUAUUCAGCAUAUUGCUAAAUUUCCUUUAGAAAAAGAGAAAAAUUUAAUCCCUGAACCUUUUAUUUAAGACCACAUUACAUGAAAAAUGAAAAAAAAUGCUAGAAAGUAUCCUUGAUUAUUUUCAGUGUGGUUGAUUAUUUUUAAUCAGCUGAAGUAAUUAUUUUUCCUACUUUGAAGUACUUUUUCCCAAAUGUGAAUAAAGGGAACAGAUCAGCAUUUGCCCCUACUACUCAUUUUUUGAGGUUAUUUUAAAUUUUUGUCCCCAUUUCCCAGUCCUGGUAUAAAAUGAAUUACGGGUAUUGCUCUAAGUCCCUAUAACCCUUUAUUGGGGUCCCAAAUACCUUUGAUAAUCUAAUGAAAGUGAAGAACCCUCUCUCCCUAAAAAAAAAAAUGCACAUCCGCAGAUAAUUUUGCAUACAACUUCAGGGGCAUCACCUAUCUUCUGAAACCCAAGUUAAGAAUCUGCUCUAAGUAUACUCUAUGGGGAAAAUUAUGCAAAUAAUUGAUUAUAAAACUAUUUGCUAAAGCCUUUUCAGAUUGGACUUACUGUUGGAUGGUGGCCCCUACUAGCAAAAUGUGACAUUACAGCCAGAUUUGUUAAACAUUUUAUCCAAACAGAAGGAAGAAAAAAGCAAAGUUCUGAGAGCGGUUUAUAAGGAGUCAGGGCAUCGCUGCACAUGAGUGCCAUUCAUGAGUCAAGGCAGAGGUCAGGGUACCUGACAACUUCUUGCAGGUAGAGUUUGAUAAACCACAAUGCUCAGGAUGCCAAGGGGUUAGCCAUUAUCUUAACCCCUUCCUCACCAAAUGAUUUUAGUUUUGUCUGUUUGGGAAACAAGAAAUUGCUAGGGAAAAAAAUUUUUUUUUGCCUUAUAACUUUGCCGUAACACAUCAGUUUGGUCACGUAUGGAACACUAGUAUUAUUUUUAAGAAGGUACAUAAAACCAAAGUAAAUUAUUAUCUAUGUAGAACAUUUACUAGUAACAUUUGUUUGGGUGUGUUAGCUUUGACAAUUUUUAACAGUAAAUAUUGGUUUUAUUUAAAACUGGGAAUCCAGUUUUUAAAUAGGGUAGUUGAUAUAACCAUUCUUUCCCCCAUGUGAAGGAUAGUUGGAAGGUUUAUGCGUACUUUUUACUUUCUUCUCUUGAUGCCAUGGCGUGGGGUGGGAGGGGGGAGACCUUUUGAGUUAACAACUGAAAAAAUGUCGUCUUCAAAUGUCAAACUCAAAAAGCAGCACUUUAAGUCUAACUCUACACCAUUUUAUUGCAUGUAUUAGUUUUAAUAAUGAUUUUUGGUGCAUGCCUUUGGGCUUAUUCAAAAGUGUAUAAUAGGAAAGUAUAUUUCCUUUCUUAGAAAGGAGAUGUUUUUCUACUUUGCAACAUGUGAUUACAAAAAUCUUCCUCUGUGUGAAGAUUAACCAUGUAUUGAACUACUGAAAAGUAUAUAUUUUUAGAUAUACAGAAGGAAUCUACAUGGAGCAGCAUUCAGACCUAUAUAGAAGUCAUAGCAUUCUGUAUAGGACCAAAAAAGGAAGCAACACUAAAUACUUAAACAGACUUUGUUGGGUAGAAAUACCUUAGAUCUUGCAUUGACUUCCAAAAAGAAAAUGCCACAGAAGUUUGCUGAAACUUUUGUUGUUUGAAUUUUCUCUGUCAGUGUAUUUAGCCCAAAUACAACAACUUUGGGUUAGCACAUAACACAAGAAUCAAAAAACAGAAACGAAAAAAAAAAAAACAACAACAACCAAAAACACAAGGCUAACUAAGUCAGACUGGUUUGCCAAUCCAGCUUGACUGAGAUAAGUAAACUAAUUACUUGCAACAUGAAAAACUGUCCAACUCCUCUAAGAUUUUGACACAACAACCUUGGCUGAUGUGGGGAAACCCCCCCACUUGGAUUACUGACCUGACAGUGAAGAUUCAUGCUUGACAUGAUUUCAAACCUGACACUGUCUGUUUAAGGAGCCUUGGUACAGUUUGCUAAUUCAAUCCCAGAUACCUGUUGAUUACCUGUGAGAUCUAGAGUCCAAAGUAGCCAGCAGCCGUAUCCCUGAGUGCUCUGUGCCCAUCAGAUAUCUUGAAGUAAGCAGGGUUGGGACGGGUCACAGCUCAAAUGAUUGACCUCAGGUGCUGCAGACAGCCCCAAUUCAGGAAUUGAAUCUGCUUUCUUGGGAGUCGUCACUGAAUAAUGUCCCACACUGCGUGCUUACUGUAGAAGCUCUCUUAGAGGAGGCCCAGAGCACACAUCCUAAUUGCUUGUGGUACUCAGAGAGGGGGUGCUAACUCUGAUGCCCUGGCCAAAUUCCAGUUUAGGGAUGUGGGUCUUCUCCUUGUCAUUCUAAUUGGAAAUGUACAUCACUUCCCAUUUUUCCUGUUGAUCUCAGUGCGAACUACACUAGUCUGUUUCUUUGUCCCAACCCCAAAUCUUUGAGAUACUGGUGUGUAUUAUAAGGGCCAAGUUUAUAGCCUUUUCCUGUUGCACAAGAGUUGAGGUAUCAGUGAGCUUGAUGUCAAAGUACCCUUCAGUUGGAGGGUGGAUUUUGGUGAUGCUGAGCAGACUAGCUGGGCCCUCUUUUGGCAGAAGUUGGGGAAUGUGCACAGGCCCGAGGCUUCCAACUGUGAGGUGUGAGCUGAAACCAAUUUCCCCGCCUUUCUUAUAGCAUGUUGAGAAAACGCUGUUGGGUUUUCAGCAGUCAGGGAAGGCCGGAGUUCUGCAGCUUUAAUCUGGGUAACUGAGGCUGGUUUGGAGCAAGACUUUGGUUAAUUAACUGGGUUCUCAGAUGCCACAGACUCCGUGAGAAGUCACCAUUAUUUUCAAUGGUUGUGAUAGAAUUUUCCCCUAGUAGCCAUUAUUUUAAGAUUAUAUUGCAGAGUUGCUUUAUUUUGAGCUUUUUGUGUAUACACAAUCCCAAACUGGAAGAAAUUUAAAAAAAAAAGGAAUCCUGCUGUGAAAGGUAUAUAUUACUCUAGAUUUUUCUUACUGUAAAUAUUGUAAGAUUGUAAUACUGUCGAUAUUUUAUUAACCAACAAAUGUUAAUCUAUGUGAAUUCAGACUUAUUUUAAAUGUGCUUCUUAUUUACUGUGUGUGGUCCCUGUUGCUGACAGUAUUAAGUUAUAUUCUGAUGUAAGAUUAACUUUAUUAAAGAAUGUAAACAUUAAUGUUUCCUUAUGGGAAAAAAAUAAAGUAUAAAGAAGACAAUUCUUUUAAUUGAAAUAUACUGUGUAUUUACACUUGCUAGACCCAGCACCACUUAUAAAUUUAGUACACUGUUCAGGAUUUUAGUUAACACAGCUGACAUGAUUGUGGUCCAUUUGAAAGUCUAAGAGUAGGUAUCAUUGGAAUAUAAGCAGUUUGUAUUUGUCUGCUGUGAAUCAUAAUCAUGAAAUUUCUAAUCAAGUUUGUAAAAUUUUUAUAGUAAAGCAUUUUAAUGACAAUUUAAAAAUUUAUCUUCUCUGAAGAAUGGUCAAAACACUAUCGUUUCAGAAAGAGUUGUUUUUGAAUAGCUUUCCAAAAUGAUUUUGGUUAAAUGGACCAGAUGUAUAUUAGUUAAUAUUGUUGAUAUUCUUUUGAGUUUACAAGUUAAUCCUUAUUGGAGAUGUGCCAAUAUACGAUAGAAUAUCAUUAAUUUGCACUGUUUGGGGACCCCAUUUUAAGAAUGCUGAUUUUGCCAACUAAAAAGUAAGCAAAUGCAAUUUAAAAGUAAAUUUGAGCAUUCUGUAUUAAAUAUGUUCAGUUAUUCUCACAUGAAGAAGCGCAGUGUGUCGGCCUGUAAUAUAAACAUAUCUGCUGUCAUGUUCUCCCAUCUCAGUGCUGGGAACGCACCAUGUGGAAACCAAGCAAACGUGUUGUGCAUCAGCCGGCUUGAGUUUGUUCAAUAUCAAAGCUGAAACUAGCGAGGUCUGCUGUACUGCUUAUUGAAGUAUUGUGAUUCUUUUAGGCAUUGAUUCUUACAAAAUAUAUACUGUAACAGUAUACUUUGUACAGAUUUAAAUUUUAUUUGAAAAAAUGAAAUAAAGUAGGCAAAAAAUAAAGAUGUUUAUUUUUCAUGUGA